CUCCAUCUCUCACUCUACAACACACAGACGCUACCAGUGGGUGGGUUUCAUCGUGCCUUUACAGAUCUUUCUCCGCCUUCCAUUACAAUCUGGAGAUUCGUUCAAUAAGAUCUGCAAUGUGCACGAUAUCAUCAAGCGCCUCAUUGAUCUCAUCGAUUUGGUUUCUGCACAAGUUAUCUGUUUUCUGCCGUUCGAAGCUCAUUACGCUUGCCAUUUUCAUCCAGCAGGAAGUUCCUGCUACUUCUUUGGGCUGCCUAUGAUGAUUUGGGAAACCUAUUCUGAAGAGAGCUACCAUCGAGUGGGAGUUGGGGUGACCUGCUGGUCAAGGACCAAUGGCAAGUGACAGGACACAAGGUGCUAGAAGUGCUGAAGUUGCAGAAAUUCUAGUCACUGUUCCUUUUGAUGGGGGCAGUGAUGGUGUACAAAGGAUGCGACCUCUGCAUGGGAGGACUAGUGGCCCAACAAGGCGCUCUACAAAGGGACAAUGGACUCCUGAAGAGGAUGAGCUAUUGCACAAGGCUGUUCAGCGCUUUAAAGGAAGAAAUUGGAAAAAGAUAGCAGCGGAGUGUUUCAAAGAUAGGACAGAUGUUCAAUGCCUCCACAGGUGGCAGAAGGUUUUGAAUCCAGAACUUGUCAAAGGUCCAUGGUCAAAAGAGGAGGAUGAUAUAAUAAUUGAGUUGGUGAAUAAGUAUGGGGCGAAAAAGUGGUCCACCAUUGCUCAAGCAUUACCUGGGCGUAUUGGAAAGCAAUGCCGUGAAAGAUGGCAUAAUCAUCUUAACCCCGCAAUCAACAAGGAGGCAUGGACUCAAGAAGAGGAGUUGGUUUUGAUUCAAGCUCAUCAAAUUUAUGGAAACAAAUGGGCAGAGUUAACAAAAUUCUUGCCUGGAAGGACAGACAAUUCAAUUAAAAAUCACUGGAACAGCUCUGUUAAAAAGAAGUUGGACUCAUACUUGGCUUCAGGCUUACUCACAAAAUUUCAAGGUCUGCCUCAUGUGACGAACCCAAACCAGUGCAUGCCAUCAUCCUCGCUGAGGACACAACAGAGCAGUGGAGAUAAUAAUAGUAUCCCCAAAGAUGAGGCAGAAGCAGAGGAAAUAUCAGAAUGUAGCCAAGGUUCAACUGCUGUUGGUUGCUCCCAGUCUGAGCAUGACAUGGCUCAUGCAGUUUCAGUACAAGCGCAGGAGGAGUUUAAAGUGACAGAGGAGGAGGCUAGUCAAAGAAUGGGGCAAGGCUCUUGUAUGCCAUCAUGUCCUCAACAGUAUUAUACGUUGGAAGAAGUCCCAGAGUUAUCUCAUGAACUGGAAAUAUCUGUUAACUUGUCUGAGCAAACCAUAUUCUCUGAGAUUGGAGCCUCUGACAGUAAUAAUGUCCAGGAACCACCAGGGUUCUUUGAAACAUCGGCACCGUGUAUGACAGGUGGUGAUGAAAACCACAAAACAGGGUCUGUUCUGUUACAGAACUCUAUGGGUUUUAAUGCUUCUACUUCAAUGGGAAGUAUGAUUGUGGGUUCUGAUGGCCAGGAGCAUGUAUCAACAUCUAAAGGUGAUUGUUGUGGGGUUGUAUUCCCAGAGUCAAGCAUUGAUGAAUAUUUUUCUAUGGGAAACCAGAUUAACUGCUCAAAUAUCACCGACUUGGAUGGGUGUGUCAAUUCAUUUAUUUGCCAAUCUGACAUUCAGAGCUCUGAAGCAGAUAGAAGUUUAACCUCACAGUCAUAUUAUUCAGUAGGAUCUUCUGAUGUGAUGGGAACCUCAAGUUCUCAGUCUCUAUCAAGUGUUCCUCCCCUGGUUUGCACUGGUGAUAGUGAACUUAUACAUGGUAGUGAAUGCAAUGAGCCAAGAGACAGGUCAACUGGAAGUCAAGAGUCGGGGCUUAUUACAAACUCUUGUGAUGGUUUCAUUUAUCUUAGUGUCUCUACAAGUUCUUGUGAUGGUGAAAUGGACAAGUUUUGCCUGGGUAUGGAGCCAGACCAGUCAAGGGAUGAUUCAAAAUCUGUUCCUGUGGACAUUUUUAGUUCCCUGACUUCCGAACUGACAGAAAUGCUUCCUUGCAUGGAUGAAAGCACAACUUUGCAUACAGGACAUCCGGAUUCGGGAGCUCUAUUUUAUGAGCCUCCUCGUUUUCCAAGCUUGGAGAUCCCUUUUGUCAGCUGUGAUCUCAUUUCAUCUAGUGGUGAUUUGCAGCAAGCAUAUAGUCCCCUUGGGAUACGCCAACUUAUGAUGUCUUCUAUGAACUGCUCUUCCCCAUACAGCCUAUGGGAUUCACCAGCUCGUGAUGAUAGUCCUGAUCUUGUCCUAAAAAGUGCUGCCAAAAGCUUUAUAUGUACUCCAUCCAUCUUGAAGAAACGGAACCGUGAGCUCUUAUCUCCUUUGCAAGAAAAAAGUGACAAAAGGCUUGAGAUGGACACAAAUCAGGGAAUGUUUUGUACGUCUGCUCUGGCCAGAGAAUUUUCUUGUCUGGAUGUUGUUUUUGAUGAAAAGGUGGGUCGCAGGGCUUCUUUAUGUUCUAUUGAGGAGGUUCUUCUCUCUCCAUCAGAUAACCAGAAAAAGAACCCUGGAGCCUCCAUUCAUGAUAAGGAAAUUUUGGACCAUGCUUUUGAAGAACGAAAAGAUGGUAGUGCUUCUCCAGAAAGGGUUUCAGAGAAAGGGUUUGAUGAUACUAAUCUUCUGGAGAAGGCAAGACCGGGAUGUAGUGAUAUGAGUAAGGUGCUACAGCCUUCUGGAGUACUUGUUGAACAGAAUAUGAAUAAUAUGAUGUUAUUUUCUCCUGAUCGAGAUAGAUGCCAAAUAAACAAGGCCUUGAGUGUUGGUACCAAAACUCCAAGAAAUCAGAAUUGCAUCAGUGUGGACAUGGCAUCAAACCAAAGUGGCCAUUCAGAAUCUUCAUUAGGGAAUCAUUGCCUGUCUGUAAUUGUCUCUCCUACUGUUCGAGGAAAUAGGCAUGGGAAAAAUUUAAUGUCCCUUAUAUCUGCACAAUGUGCUCCUUCAUCAGGUCCACUAGAAGUUGCAUCUGAAAACGGUGGGAAUGGUGUUGAUAGUGAAAGCUUUAGCAUAUUUGGUGACACCCCUUCUUUUAAAAGAAGUAUCGAGUCUCCCUCGGCGUGGAAGUCCCCUUGGUUCAUGAACUCUUUUCUGCCUGGACCAAGAGUUGAUACAGACAUAACAAUUGAGGACAUUGGAUAUUUCAUGAGCCCUGGCGAGAGAAGCUAUGAUGCGAUUGGGUUAAUGAAACAGUUGAGUGAGCAUACUGCGGCUGCAGUGGCUGAGGCGCAGGAGAUUCUGGCAUCUGAAAACCCUGGAAUACCUUCAAAGGAAAGAUGCUCCACUGACCAGAAUUCCGCCCGAGAGUGUCAUCACUUCUCAGAUGAGGAGCUGGAAAACCUUAUUCCUUUGCCUUGUGGUGUCCUGAGUGAGCAACGGGUUCUUGAUUUCAGUGGAUGUGGGACACCUGCGAAGCAAAUAGAGAACAGGAAGUCUGUUGGAACCAUGAAUGGAGUAAGCAUUUCCUCAAGUCCCUCUUCCUACCUGAUGAAGGGCUGCAGGUAGGGGGGAGUUCCUAUGGCUAUAAUGCCUGGAGCAUCAUGUUUUGGAAUAUAAAUAUAUAUAUUUUCUUUUUCUUUUCCUAUCUCAUUAUAAAAAAAUUCUGUAUCUGAUGUAAUCGAUAGAUGCUGUUGUAGAGAUCAG